AGUUAAACUCACUGCAGAGCAAAAGAUUGUGUUACAGAUUCCUUCAUCCGGUCCAGAUCAUUAGCUGUUAAAGGCUGUACUACAUGGUCAUUCACAGCUAUUUUGAUUUAAAAGAUAUUAUAGUUUCUAUUGUUCUGCUGCACAGUUUAUAGUGUGUGUGCGCGCAUGUGCACUCACACAUAAAUUAUUGUAGUAUCUUAGUCUUUAGGGAUGCAACAAUACUUCUAGUAACAUCAACAUUUAUUAAAGGGGAACGGAAGGCAAAUUUUUUUAUCAAAAUUAUAUUUAUCUCAUUUUAUUAAAUAUAGGAAUGCAUUUUUGAUAGCCGUUUUGUCACUGCUAUAGCAAGUUAUGAGUGUUUGAAAUAUGCUAUGUAAUAUAUCAGUCCAUAUGUCAAAGCAAUAGCCAUAAACGAGAUUCGUUGAUAUCUGUGCGAGACAUUGUAGGACGGAAGUAAAACGUACAGCAGAAAUCAAAGUGACCAACAUCUGCCAACGUUCCCUGUGUCCAAAAUCACUCCCUCGUUCACUACUCCCUACUCCCUAUAUAGGGAAUGACUAAUUAGAGGACUAUAUAGUCAGCUCAUUGGUAAAAUGAAAAAAAAAAAUGCUUUCGGACACUAGUCCGUCAUGCUGGUGUUUACGUCAUUACUGUUGCAAAAUUAAAACGUGCCAAAUCAGUCGGCUGGUGGGUUUUCAAAGUAAUAAAUACAUGCAUGUAUUUUUGUGAUAAAUCCAUCUUAUAUUGAGCGCAUUUCCCACAUUAAUAAAUGCAAAGUACCUGCUUCUUUCAGUUUUUUUUUUAAUCAAGGCUGAAUACUUUCUUCUUUGCCGUUGCCUUUUAUUAAAUCAAAUUUGAGACUUUUAAUUUGAUUUCUUUCAGCACAACUGCAAAAAAAAGACACACGCGCCCUCUUUCGCAUGCUGAUGUAAUCAAGCCGGAAGUUUUGUUUGUUUUGAUAGCAAUCAGUAAAGUUGGAAAAAAGUAGGCAGUAAUUGUCAUUUAAACUCGUUUUUGUGCAAUAUUUCGUUUGGAAAACAGUUUUCAAAAUGGCGGCACUGACACCUGGCUGACACUUCACGUUUCGAAGUCUCGCACAAGUCUCGUGAAGAUCGCGCGGAUAAGCGAUGCCUGCCGUGGACCAAACAAACUAAAUGAAGAGUUCAGAUGCAAAACCCUCUAAACGCCAUCUCUGUGAAAAAUGAGUUAAGGAUGUUGUGUGAAUCCUGGUUACAUCUAGCAUAUGUAAAUGAAAUAUUUUUGUAAAAAAAUAAAAUAAAAACCACUCCCCGUCUUGUCUAAAAAAUCGGUUUAAUAUCAAACCCCUCUAAAUGCCGCUUCGAUUUAGCAACAAAAGCCUCUAUAUUCAACAACCAAUCAGAACGUCACUUGGACUCGCGUGCUUUAACGCUAGUAAACAAAGUCUCAUCAAGGAAGCUGCAGCUUUAUUCAGAGGGAGAUUUCGCGAAAUGGCAGAUAAUACCAACAUGGAUUACGAUGGCAUGGAUGAACCUGUCCUCCAGACAGUGAAUAGGCGGAGAAAACGUCGCGUUGUUGAAAAUCAUGUUCGCUAUAAAGCGAAAAUGAACCGAUAUAGUGGCGAAAAUACUGAAAAUGGAAUAGCCUGCAAUCACAACAGGUUGAUGUGCGCUGCGGCAAGCUUAACUCAGAACGACCUGGCAUACUUUAAAAAUCAGCUAUACACAUCUAAAGAUAAAGUUGAACAGGACGCUAUACUUCUGUCCCACUUGGAGAUUAUGCCGGUUCAACGGAGGAGGGAACAAGUUGAUGAUGAAGACAAGAGACGGCAGAGAGACGUGACCAUCAAAUACUCCGUUCUGAAGGAAGAUAAAACAAGGGUUCCUGUCUGCCAGGCAUCUUUCAUGAGCAUUUUCUGUGUCAAGAAAGACAGAGUCCAGGGCAUUGCCAGGCACUGGCUACAAACUGGCAAGGCACGCCCAGAAAAAAGAGGAGGUUCAAGACUAAAUCCUGAAAUAACUGCCAAGAAGGAGGUCAUCAGAGGUCACAUUAAGUCCUUUGCCUGCAGAGCAAGCCAUUACGCCCGACGUGGUGCUCCAUUCAGAAAGUAUCUGCCUAGUGACCUAAGUGUUGCAAAAAUGCAUCGCCUUUUUUCGGAGCAGAAUCACCUUCAAGUGACUUACUCACUAUAUUGGAGCAUUUUCGUAUAUGAUUUCAACUUGGCCUUCGGACAUCCGGCAAAGGAUGUAUGUUCCGUGUGUGUUAAGUCCCGGAUGGCGAUGAAUGACCCUGGCUUAAAAGAAGAAGAGAAACGAGAGAAAAUCCUGCAAUACUCCCUCCACAGACGCCGUGCCCGUCAGUUCUACAAUAUCCUGAAUGAUGUGGGGGAUUCCUUCACUGUCUGCUUUGACGUCAUGGAGAACCUUGUCCUGCCGAAAUCUGCCAUAGUUCAGACGUACUACUCCAGGCAACUCUACUACUACGUCUUUGGAGUGGUGCGUCACCAUGCCAGAGGAGAAUCCCAAAGUAGGUAUGAUAUCCACCUGUACACAUGGCUUGAGUAUGAGAACGCGAAGGACAGCAACAUGAUUGCCUCAGCUCUCCAACACUAUUUCACAGCUGUAGCUGCAGACAACCUCCACCUGUGUCAGUGCCUGCGCCUGUUCUCCGACUCAUGCUAUGGCCAAAACAAGAACAUUAAUGUGCUGUCUAUGCUGUUUGGCCUCCGGUCACAGCUGUUCCCCCACCUCACCAUCAACUAUUUUUUUUCCGGUAUGAGCACACAGCUUCCUCCCAGCUGACAGGGUGUUCGGCAGGAUCGAACAAGACAUCAGAAAGCACACCACCAUUCUGCUGCCAGACGAAUACGCAUCCAUAUUUCACAGGCAUGGCAAUAUCCAUCAAUAUGGGAGAGAUUGGCAGUGCUAUGAUUUCAAGAAGGAAGCUGCCGCCUUCACCACCCAGCAAUGAUCCUUCAAAAUUAGUGACGCCAGGGUCAUUCAAAUAUGUGGGGAAAGGCUGGAUGUCAAGUCUUCUUUUGCCGGGGAUUUUACUCAGCAUUCCGUGCUGAAAAGAGGGAAGAGGUGGCCAGAGUUUGCACCGGCUCCUCUACCUGAUGCCAACUGUGUGAAGCUGGCAAAGAAGAGGGAUGUGCUGAAGCUGUUAUGUGAGUUGGGAGUGCCUGCAACUGUGCAGGAGUUUUACAAUGAUGUCUUGUCAAGUGCAGGUGACAGGGACAUUGCACAAGAUCUGGAGGAUGAGUAAAUUGUUUCCAAUGACUCUCCUGCCUUCCCUGCACACACACUCCCACACACACGCAUUCUCAGGGGCACACACACUCUCAUCAUGCAGAAUACACACACAAACACUCUCAGACGCAGCAGCUUCAUAAGCAUACUCAGAGACUACAUACGUGUCAGAUGCAUAAUUCUGUGUGUAUCACUACAUUACUACAUACCUCAUCGUCAUACCUGAGUUUGAUAAUUGUCAAUUACCUAAAACAUGUUUGUCAUCUUAAAUAAUCUUUUGUUCAUACUGUGAAUUUGAUGGCUUGUACCUCCAACUUCUUCAUCAUUUAUUUAUUUAUUAUUAAUGAGCCAGCCAGGGCGGUAAGGUGGUGUAGUGGUUAGCGCUGUCGCCUCACAGCAAGAAGGUCCUGGGUUCGAGCCCCGGGGCCGGCAAGGGCCUUUCUGUGCGGAGUUUGCAUGUUCUCCCCGUGUCCGCAUGGGUUUCCUCCGGGUGCUCCGGUUUCCCCCACAGUCCAAAGACAUGCAGGUUAGGUUAACUGGUGACUCUGAAUUGACUGUAGGUGUGAAUGCGAGUGUGAAUGGUUGUCUGUGUCUAUGUGUCAGCCCUGUUGAUGACCUGGCGACUUGUCCAGGGUGUACCCCGCCUUUCGCCCAUAGUCAGCUGGGAUAGGUUCUAGCUUGCCUGCGACCCUGUAGAACAGGAUAAAGUGGCUACAGAUGAUGAGAUGAGCCAGCCUUGCUUGAUGAGUGGCAUACGCCAAGGACAGGCUCUUGGAUCCUGAAGUAUGUGAGAGAUACCUGACACAUUUGAACACGCACUCAUUAUGCAUGCACACGCGCGCACACACACACACACAUUCUCAGGGGCACACACUCUCACCAUGCAGAAUACACACACAAACACGCAGCAGCCUCGUAAGCUUACUCAGAGACUACAUGUCAGGUGAACAAGCUGAGUUGAUGUGAACUUUUAACAUAAUUGUGUUUUUUUUUUUUUUUUUUUUUUUUUUUUUAAUAUGUAACUUAUCAUACCUGUUUCAUAAUCUUAAAAAAACUAAAAUAGUUUUGUCAUCUUAAAUAAUCUUUUGUUCAUACUAUACAUUUGAUGGCUUGUACCUCAAUUUCAUCUUCAUCAUUAACUUAUUUAUACCCAUCUAAGUUCUUUGCACUGCUGUGUUUUUAUUGUUAUUGCUGUUACUGUGUUAAUGUACUGACAUAAACUUACCCUUCUUGGCAGAACGUUGCUUGCUGCUGUAUAUUUUGUGUAUAGAUUUUCAUGUUGUUUACAUAAGAUUUUUAUAUUGCACUUUAGUUUUAUUUCAGUGUAUUUUAUUGGGUGUAGUACUUUGUAUCACCUGCUUAGAAAGUCCGCUGAUGUGAAGAAAAUAAACCUAUUGGCAUUGUGAUUACACUGUGUGGAUUUCGAAUUUCUUAAAUGUUGACAUG